GCGCCCGUCUGCCUGGCGUGUUACUCGCCCGCCGCCGAUUACAGGUGUUCGGCGUGUGGGUGGCCGGUUUGCGGGCCGCCGUGCGAGGCCGCGCCGGCGCAUCGGGACGCCGAGUGCCGGCUGAUCGGCGGCCAUUACGACAGCCGCCGGUCGGCCGCGUACUGCUUCGUGAUGCCGCUUCGGUGCAUGCUGCUGCUGCACCAACCGGACGGUCGUCGGGCCGCUGAGUUCCGGUCGUUACAGUCGCACCUGGACGACAGGCUGGACACGCCGCUGUACCGGGCGUACGCCGUCAACGUGGCCGCGUUCGUGCUGGACCGGCUGGGCUUGCGGUCCGCGGGCCACCCCCACGACCACCGGUCUGCCCUCGAGGCGGCCGCCGUGCUAGACACGAACGCGUUCGACGUGCGCCGACCGGGUGGCCGGAACUUCCGGGCAGUGUACGCGCGCGCGUCCAUGAUGGCCCACUGUUGCACGCCGAACACCAAACACGUGUUUGUCGGCGACGCGGCCGACGGUCAGCCGUCCAUCCGCGUGAUGGCCGCGGUGCCCAUAGCUCGCGGCCACCCCGUCACGGCCACGUACACGCAGACGAUGUGGUGCACGCGCGACCGGCGCCAGCACCUGUUGGCCGCCAAGUGUUUCGAGUGCGCGUGCGCGCGGUGCACCGACCCCGAGGAACUGGGCACGCACAUGGGCUCGGCGGCCUGCGGCGGCCAGUGUCGGAACGGUCUGGCCACGGCGGCGGGCCGGUGGCUCUGCGCGACCUGCGGACGACCGGCCGCCGACGUCGAUGCGGUUCAGGCGCUCCGAGCCGUCGGAGAGCUUACUAAGAGUCGCGACUGCACCGGAUUCGAAAGGUUCUUGGAACGGGUCCGGGACGGUACGAUGCCGCCGCUGCACGACAACCACCACGUCACGGUGGGCGUCAAGUACGCACUGACCCAGCUGUACGGUGACCGGAUUUCGGAUCUGACCGCGAAACAACUGGAAAACAAUGCGAACAUAUGUGAACAACUGUUGCGGCUGGCCGACGUCCUGGAACCGGGAAUCACGCGAUUCCGGGGACUUCUGCUCUACUAUCUGGUUCGCGGUCUCAAACAGCUAAAGCGGAUAAAACACAGAUCGAACAACAACAAGAUGAUCAAAAAUUAUGCCAGAGAAGCGGUGGCCAUUCUGAAAACCGAACCCGAUCUGGUGCAUUUGGUCGAACAGUUACAAUGACAACGAUUGUCUCAAAAUGUCUACUCUUUGAUCACCGUCAAAUGUUAACGCCGUAGUAUAAUGGCAGUGUUCCAUUAAUUUUAUAAUCGAUAGUACUUUUAUGUUAUCAUUAUAUUGUCACGAUAAUAAACCACGAGUGCAACGUUGCAGGAACUUAAAACCAUUCGUUCAUACUCGUAUUAUAUUAUACUUUUGUACUAAUAUGUAUUUCCCAUUGAAAUCGUAA